AUGGCGGAACCUCUGGUUACAGAUCCAGAGAACCCUCCAAAAGGGCCUCGUACAUUCCCGCCUCUCUAUCAGGGCACGAGAAACCCUGGAGUCGAUCGUCUUGCCUUCUUUCAUAUUCUUGAACGCCUCAAGACUCAAAAACGGACAGGAUGGGUGAGAAACAAUAUAUCAAACGCAGAGAGUAUAUCCGACCACAUGUAUAGAAUGUCUAUUCUGGCUUUGUGCGCUUCUGACCCGCAUCUCGACAUAGCAAAAUCAGUCAUGAUGUGCGUUGUUCAUGAUCUGGCUGAAGCACAAGUCGGAGACAUCGCACCGCAUGAAGGAAUCAGUAAAUCAGAAAAACGGCGACUCGAAGAAGAAGCGAUGCACAACUUUGUACACGAGAUGCUCCAUAAUAGCCCUGCUGCUCAACGGAUAGAGGCUCUUUACAAGGAAUACGAAGCCGGUGAAACCGCAGAGGCGCGAUUCGUCAAAGAUCUAGACAGGUUUGAGAUGGCAACGCAAGCUCUCGAAUACGAGAGGACUUCGGGUUCGAGGACAUUACAACCCUUCUUCGACAGUGCCGCUCUACCUGACCUAAAGCAUCCAGAAGUCAGGGAGUGGGGGAAAGACUUGUUAGAUGAGCGGGAUAAAUGGCUUCCUAUCGAGUAA